AUGCAAAUUCGGCCAUUGAGUACCAUGAUUCCUCUUCGCCGCGAGGCUCUACGUGUACGGAGUUCGCUCCCCCUUUCUAGCACUGCCCUGGCAGUUGGCACACCAAGCAGGAGAUGCCUCGCAACACAUGCUGAGCCGCCCGCCUUGGCUAAGGAGUCUGAUGGCAGGGAACGAGUUGUCAUUCUUGGAUCUGGCUGGGGUGGUUACAACGUCUCGCGGAAGCUUUCUUCAAAGAAAUACGCACCUCUCAUAAUUUCACCUCGCUCAUACUUUGUCUUUACUCCUCUCCUCACCAACACCGCCAGCGGAUCCCUCGAUUUCUCCAGCAUUGUCGAGCCCGUGCGUGAUCCGCGCUCCAAAGUCGACUUCUUUCAAGGAGCUGUCCGUUCAGUCGAUUUGAAAAGAAAGACCGUCCUAGUCGAAUCAACAGUCGUCAAGAGUGGUGUCACCGAGUCUCCUCGCACAACCCAAGAUUACCGAAUAACCGAGCAAGGCCCAGAGACCAGGAAUAAGCCGGCCAUGGAGCCACAUCUUCAAUGGGAACAGGGAGAAGUGUUCGAGGUACCCUACGAUAAGCUUAUCAUUGCGGUAGGCGCCGUCAGCCGCACAUUUGGAACACCCGGUGUGCGGGAGAAUGCCAUGUUCUUCAAAGAUAUCGGUGACGCUAAACGCGUCAAGCGCCGCGUGCGAGAAUGCUUCGAGCUGGCCGUCCUCCCAACCACUUCCCCCGAGAUGCGAAAAUGGCUGCUGAACUUCGCCAUUGUCGGAGCCGGUCCAACCGGUAUCGAGCUUGCGGGAUCCCUGCGCGAUUUCAUCUACUCCGAUAUGAUGUUGCUAUACCCCAGUCUCCAUGAAUUGCCGAAGAUCACUUUGUACGAUGUUGCACCCAAGGUGCUUUCGAUGUUCGACGAGUCGCUUUCCCGCUAUGCGAUGGAGACCAUGAAGGGCGAGGGUAUUGAUAUCAAGACCUCAUACCAUGUUAAAAGCUUGCGCUGGGGUGCCCCUGGCGCACCUGGGCCCCACCCCAUGGAUCCCAAGGGCUGCCUGACUCUUCACACCGAAGAAGACGGCGAGCAAGGCAUUGGCAUGUGUGUUUGGGCAACGGGUAACGCCAUGACAAAAUUGGUCACCGAAUCGCUUGACACAAUCGAUGCAUUCCCCGCAGACUCAGUCCAAAGCAUCGAGACCUCAGAAAAAGCCGUGGACGCCGAACACGCAGUGUGGAAAUUCAAGAAAGCCCCCCGAAAGGGACCCCUUCUCGUCGACGGACAUCUGCGGGUACAGCUGCAAAACGAAACAGGCCAAACAGCCGUUCUUCACGACGUGUUCGCAUUGGGUGACAACGCCAUGCCAGAGACCGGUGCCCCCCUGCCACAGCACAGGCUACCUACCAAGAAGCAAAGUGGCUCGCUGAGCGUUUGA